CUGCAAUUCAUUAAUCACUCAUCAUAAUUUUGCAUUCAGUACGAUGCCCUCCAAUGGUACCAAGAAGACUUAAAAGGAAGAAAGUACAGAUAAACAUGCGCACACGCAUCAAACACGCUGUACUUUCCAUCCUUAACGUGGUGUACGACCGCAGCAAAUACAUAAGUGCACUUCUAAGGAUAGUACUGUUCAUCAGUGCUAUUUACUACAUCUUUGGCACGAUGGUACUGCUCUGUAUCGUGGUGCACUACUGUUCUACCAUUCAUAGGGUGAGCAUCAGCUGUACACGUGAAAUGCGUGCACGUAUUGAUGCGAUGAGAUGCAGGCGAUGGAUAUUCCCAUUGUUUCCGUUUUACAGCAGCGUUUUGCAAAUGCAUUGCGCACGUUUUCGCAGAAAACACAAGAAGAAACGGCUGUACGAGAUAAAAGCACGUGACGGCAAGUGGAUCACAUUUGAAAUGCUCCACCGUAGCAUGCAUUCGCGCACCGCCAUGCUCAUCAUACACGGGUUAAAUGGCAGUUCUGGAUCAAAAUAUGUGCGUAAUUUGGCGUAUCAGGCGGCUAUGCCUGUGGUGUGCCUGAACUGGCGGGGCAUAAGAAGAAGGACGAGUACGAUCUGUCAUGUUGGAUCGGUUGAGGACAUAGAGGAUGUGCUUGUAUGGAUGGGAAAAACAUGGGAAAUAUGCGUUGUGGGGUACUCGUUGGGAGGAGCACGUAUGGCUAAGGUUAUGGGGAUGAUUGGAAUGUAUGAGAUAAUGAAAAAUGGUGAGCAGGGCGGUACGGUGAGCAAGGACAUGCGUGCAAAAGGACCUAUUGAUUUUGUAGCACUCAAUAAGGCUGCAGAGGUGGACAGGAGUAAUGAAACACGUAAUAACAAUCGCAGUGAUGAAAGAACAAGGAUCAACGAGGUAAAUAACCAAGCGGUGAUCAAGGAAGAAAGCCCUAGCAACAGUGAGAAACAAACUAACGUUCACGUACGAACUGAUGAUGUUCAUGCGAAUGAACCUAAGACCGGUCAUAUCGUACAAAUGGUGGAUGGUGUGAUGAGCACUAACAAACCGUAUAGCUACGAUGUAAGUGGCGAAGCAGGGUUGAAAAGUAACGGUGCAUUUAAUACGGCUAGUUCAGACAAUACAAUGGCAGGUACACCCUCCGGUGACCGGCCAGCCACAAUCCUAAACAGCCCAUUCUACCAGCAUGACAGGAAACACAUGAAAAGCAAAGUGUACAAUGCUCUCCUACACACAAAGAUACUGUGCUGUGUGGGAGUGUGCGUACCAUUCAACUUCUCCAAAAUUUACAAAUCGAUGGCAACCUUUCCACGAUCACUCAUGCAACCCAUCAUUAACCAUAAAUGCCACGCAUUCCUUAAAAAGAACAAAAUCAGGCAGUUCAAAGAAUGCUCCACGCUUGAGCAGUACAACAGCAAAAUGGCAAGAAUACACGGAUACGCUGACAUCGAGGAGUAUUUCAGUUUUAAUUCGUGUGAGCGGUUCGUUAAGUACGUGCGGGUGCCCACACUUUUUGUGGUAGCGAAUGAUGAUUUGCUGGUUGCCAGGCAUACCGUUGAUGUGGAUGCGUUGAGCAAUGAUAAUGUGGCGGUGUGGUGUAUGAAUGGGGGACAUGUAGGGUUUCUUGAUAAUACGUGGGAAUCGUACUGCGAUGAGGUUGCGCUUGAGUUCAUGAGGGUGUGCAUGAAGUAAAGGGUGUGUUUGAACUGAGUACUUUCAAGGAAAUGGAAUGAAUCUGACCGGUGGUUACGUAGUAUUAGUGCGGUAGUAGCGCAAUGGUAAGGAGAUGAUAAGGCAAUGGUAAGGAGGUGGAGUAACGCUGCACAAGUACAAUGUACCAGCAAAUGGUAAUAAAUAGCGCUACAGGUAUGGUAAAAAAGCAAUUAUGGUUGAUAAGGGUAUGACAGGUAAUUAAUGCUGUACAUUAAUAACGAUGUAGGAAUUGAGACGUGUUCUUAGAAUAAUAAAGAUUUGUUGUACAGUACAAAGAUGAACAGCGCUACGGUUCUACCAAUUUAAUAGCAUUACAGCACCUCCCUUCAACACAAGCCCCUAACAUAAUUUAUUUACCACCUAUCACAACUUCUUCUUCCUUAUCAGAUGGGUGACAUCAACAACCACUUUUUCAUUCUCGACCUCCUUGCUCUCUUUUUGUUCCCCGUCAUCUCUAAAGCCCAUCUCCUCCUUCUCCCUAGCACUCAUCAACAAAACUUCAACUUCCCUACUCUUCUUGGCAUUCCCUACCCCGUUGUAGUAGACCAUCCCUUUCUCGUAGAAGGUGGUUGCCAUUUCCUUAUCGCCAAGGAAAAAGUAACUAUCUCCGAUCCGUUUGUACACCGUGCCAUCGUUCACGAACUGCUCGUCGUUCACGAGCAGGCAGUUGUUGAACUCCUUGAUCGCAUCAGCGUACUGAUCGUUCAGCAGAUAAAUCUCUCCCUGCAGAAAAUAAACCUUCUUCAG